AUGAGGUUCUUCGUUACUGCUACCCUCCCCUCCUUUUCUUCUGGGGCAAAGCAACCUCAUUACAUUCAUUUCAGCAAUGCUGGCCAUGAUGUCUCCCUUAGCCUGGCCGGGUCUCAUGACCUGGAUGUAUGGAUAUGCAACGGCGACGAAGUAACCGGCGACCUGGUGGACCAGUGGCUCGGCCAAGCCCCUGAAACCCCCAAGUCGAUGCUGGUACAGGACGCCAACGCCAUUCCCCGCCUACAGGAAUACUCCAAGAGUCGGGUGGCUGAGAUAGCCACCUUUCCCAAGGAACAGUCCGGUUCCUCGGCAAGAGAAAGAGACGAAGCAAUCCUGCGAGAGGCAGAAAUGCUCUACGCCCGAGCCCGUGCCAACGCCGGGAGCCGCCGGGCCAAUGUUGAUCGGCUCAAGAGCAACGGCUCUCGGAGGACCGUUGUGCUCGUGGGGGCCGGCAUCAUGAACCUCAUGACCGCUCAGGUCCUGGUUGAGCGCAGCUAUUCGGUGCGCAUCGUGGAACAGGGCCCCGAUCCCCGCGCAUGCCAACCCAAGGACUGGAUCAGCCUGGGUGUCACGAGCGGCGGCCACAAUGCCCGCAUGUUCACCCACACUGAGGCAGACAACUACAACGAGCAGAACAGCGAUAUCUACCAAGACAUGCAGUCUAUCUUCCGCAAGACCGUCCGGGGCGGCGGUUGGAGCGUCAAGGAUCCCAAGGAAUUCUCUUCGGCUGAGCAGGCAUGGGUGGGCGCUUUCGAACGUGUCCCAGGUUGGAUGGCAGCCAUGUUCAAGAAGAACAUCCACUCGGUCAACUGCGAGUCUUGGAAGUUGUGGAAAGAACUCAUGAACACGGCCCCCCACCUGUUCCAAGACGUGGGUCUGCACAACGACAUUGUGCGCCUCUACGUCGAGACAAUCGCGCUGGACGCGUCCGUCACGCUCAACCGUCGGCUAGGCUCGCUUCUACAGGCCCCAUCUACCCCGGACCUUCUGAAGUCAUUUCCGGGUUUCCGCUCCGCUGCCGAGACGGACCAUCUGGCCGGAGGUAUCAUCGCUGAGGGAUUCACGGUGAACAUCCACCUCUUCGUCGCCAAGCUGAUCAACCACCUCAUCGCUCGGGGCGCGGAGUUCAUCUGGAACUGCAAGGUGCAGGGCGUCCAACGCAACUCCGAAGGCGAGGUGACCUUUUUGCGAUCACAAAAGGGAAACCUAGAAGCAGACCACUUCGUGGUGAGCCCGGGCACCACGGGAGCAGCACUUCUCCACGGGACGGCAUCCGAGAACCUGGUCCAAGGCGUCCUGGGUAUAUGGCUGCAGCUUCCGAACCUGGACCCGCAGAUUCACAAUUCCAUGAAGAUCCACCGCCGCGCUCACAAGGUAGAAGACAUCAACAUCACCGUAGCCAAGGACCAGCAGACCGGCGAAGACAUCCUCGUCCUCGGCGGCGGGUACGGCUACGUCGGUCUGGACCGCCCAGCACCAGACUCCCAAGAACUCAACGCCCUCUACGACGAGCUCGAAGAGGUCGCACGCAUCUACUUCCCCCAGGGCUACGCCGAGGCCAAGAAGCGCGGCCCAACCGCCAUGUACCCCGGCGGGCACCGCAAGUUCUGCGUCCGCCCCUUCACCCCCACCGGGCUCGGAGUCUUCGAGCAAAUCCCCACCGCCCGCGGCGGCCAGCUCAUCAUCACCGGCGGCAACAAUACGGGCGGGUUCGCGCAAGCGCCCGGCAUCGCGCGCGCCGUCCUCCGCUCCUUCCAAGGCGAGCACGACCCCAUCCACACGCUCUUCCACCCCGACCGCGGCAAGAUCCCCCCCUCCACCACAACCUACAAGUCCCGCAGCCCCAGCCCCAUGUCCUCCCUCCCCGGCAGCAGCAGCAGCAUCGACCUCAAAUCCACACCGCAGCCCCCACUCCGCCUCCUGCUCAUCUGCUCCGACAGCCCCAACCACCGCUACCUGCGCUACCGGCUGGACCAAGCCUUCCCGGGCUACCGCUGCAUCAGCGAGCCCAACGCCGGGCAACUCCCGCCACCUCACCUCCAAAGGCCGCACGCUCGACGCGUGCGCGCGGCGCACUUCGACCGGCUGAUCCCCGCGGGCCACGUGUCGCCGCCGCCGGACUUGGUGGUGGACACGAUCAAUAGCGCGGCCGUGUGGGAGGCGGUGGAGGCGUGGCGGCCCGAGCUGACCAUCGUGUCCGGGACGAAGUAUAUCGGCAAGAAGUUGAUUGCGCGGGCGGGGUUGAUGGUCAAUCUGCAUACGGGCCAUUUGCCCGAGUAUAAGGGGAAUCAUUGUGUGUUUUUUGCGUUGCGGGAUGGGAGGGUGGAUCGGGUGGCUUCGACGCUGCAUCAGUUGACGGCCAGUUUGGAUGGCGGGGAUGUGCUGGAUAAGGUGUACCCCGUGGUGGAGGCGGGGGAUAGUGAGGAUACGUUGUAUACCAAGUGUUUGGAGGCGGCGAUUGAUCGGGUAGUGGAGCAUGUUGGGAGGUUUGCGAGGGGGGAGAGGUUGGAGUUUGUGCCGCAGGUGGGGGAUGGGACGACGUUCCGGCACCGGGACCGCACGCCGGGGAAGGAGGCGGCGCUGUGGUGGAAAGUGAAUGUGGGCGGGUUGUUGAAGAAGGCGGCGAAGGAGAAGAUUGCGUGA